GUCUCUGCGCAUGCGUGUCACAGUUCCUGGUUUAUUAGCGCAACAUCGGGCUGCUGCUGUUUUAGACACAUUUAUUUAUUUGUCCUGAUCAUUUUGUGAGGUUAUUUGAUGCUUGACUCUGAAGUUUAAAUUCGUACUGUAGCGGACAAAUAUAAAGAUGAAUUUCCUCAGGGGCGUUAUGGGAGGACCAGCAGCAGGCCCACAACCGACUGGAGCAGAAACAAUUCAGAAGUUGUGUGACCGUGUGGCUUCAUCCACGCUGUUGGAGGAUCGUAGAGAUGCUGUUCGAGCCCUCAAGUCUCUGUCCAAGAAAUACCGCAUGGAAGUGGGCACAAUGGCAAUGGACCAUUUGGUUCGUAUACUGCAGACUGACCGCUCAGACACUGAAAUCCUGGGUUACGCUUUGGACACAUUAUACAAUAUUGUUUGCAAUGAUGAAGAGGAGGAACAAGAGGAGAUCCCGCAAAAGCAGGAGGAUGAUUUGGGAGUUCAGUUCACUGACAAGUUCAUCCAGGAAAUGGAAAAUAUCACUCUUCUCCUCACACUGUUGGAGGAGUUUGACUUCCACGUGCGCUGGCCGGGUGUGAAGCUCCUAACUGCACUUUUGAAAAACCAGUGUGCUCAGGUCCAAGGCAUCAUCCUGGUCAGCCCCAUGGGAGUGUCCAGGUUAAUGGAUCUUCUUGCUGACUCCAGAGAAGUCAUCCGUAAUGAUGGUCUGCUACUUCUGCAGCAGCUAACCAAAGGCAAUGCUGCAAUUCAGAAAAUUGUUGCUUUUGAAAAUGCAUUUGAGAGACUUCUCGAUAUCAUCACAGAGGAGGGUUCAAGUGAUGGAGGAAUUGUGGUGGAGGACUGUCUCCUAUUGUUGCUUAACCUCCUGAAGAACAAUAGCUCCAACCAGAAUUUUUUUAAAGAAGGCUCAUAUAUCCAAAGGAUGAAACCGUGGUUUGAGGUGGGGGAUGACAACUCUGGCUGGUCAGCACAGAAGGUCACCAACCUUCAUCUAAUGCUACAGCUGGUACGAGUGAUGGUUUCUCCAGUGAACUCUCCAGGGGCCACUGCCAGCUGUCAGAAGGCCAUGUUCCAGUGUGGUCUUCUCCAGCAGCUGUGCACCAUUCUCAUGGCCACAGGUGUUCCUGCAGACAUCUUAACAGAGACUAUCAAUACUGUGUCAGAGGUCAUCCGUGGCUCUGAGGUGAAUCAGGACUACUUUGCAUCCGUUAAUGCUCCAUCGAAUCCACCAAGGCCUGCAAUUGUGGUUCUUCUCAUGUCUAUGGUGAAUGAGAGACAGCCAUUUGUUCUCCGCUGUGCUGUACUGUACUGCUUCCAGUGCUUCCUGUACAAGAACCAUAAAGGGCAGGGGGAGAUAGUAGCCACACUGUUGCCCUCCACUAUAGAUGCUAACUCCAUCUCAGCGGGACAGCUCUUAUGUGGAGGUCUGUUCUCAGUGGACUCCCUGUCAAACUGGUGUGCUGCUGUGGCUCUGGCUCAUGCGCUGCAGGAUAACCUCACCCAGAAAGAGCAGCUGCUGCGGGUACAGUUGGCCACCAGUCUGGGCAAGCCACCCGUUUCCCUUCUGCAGCAGUGCACCAACAUCCUAUCCCAGGGUGAUAAGCUCGACCGGAGGGGCAGUAGGGUACAGGCAAAGGUCGGUCUUCUCAUGCUGCUCUGCACCUGGAUCAGUAACUGUCCAAUCGCUGUCAUGCACUUCCUGCACAAUCAAGACAAUGUUCCCUUUCUGACAGGUCAGAUCUCAGAAAACCUGGGUGAGGAUGAGCGACUGGUUCAGGGUCUGUGUGCCUUGUUGUUGGGGAUUUGUAUCUACUAUAAUGACAACAGCUUAGAGAAUUACACAAAAGAAAAACUGAAGCAGCUGAUUGAGAAGCGCAUCGGAAAGGAAAACUUUGUGGAGAAAAUGUGCUUCAUAACCAAACAUGAACUGUAUUCCCGUGCUGCUCAGAAACCUCAGCCAGUGUUUUCCACCCCAGAACACAUGCUGUUUGAUCAUGAGUUCACCAAACUUGUCAAAGAGUUAGAAGGUGUAAUCACGAAAGCAGUGCUCAAGUCAAGUGAGGAAGAGAAAAAGGAAGAAGAAGUGAAGAAAACACUUGAACAGCAUGACAGCAUUGUCACCCAGUACAAAGAGCUGAUCAGAGAACAGGAUUCUCAAAUAAAUGAGCUGAAAGAACAAGUGGCAUCGCUGACAUCUCAUAAUGAAAAGAUGCAGAGCACCCUAACACAGCAACUCUCUCAGAUCCAGCAGCACAAAGACCAGUACAACAUCCUUAAACUCAAACUAGGUAAAGAUAAUCAGCAGACAGGCAGUCAGCCAGAGGCAGCCCAUGUGAAUGGCCUGCAGCCAGAAGAGACGGGCCAGCUCAAAGAACAACUUGAGGAACUACGGAGACAAAACCAACUACUGCAGACACAGCUUGCUGAGAAGGACACUCUUAUUACGAGCCUGAAAGCUGAGGGUGUAUUAACAGCAGAAGGGUCAAAUUCAGAGAACACUGAAAUACUGAAGGAGGUGGAGACGCUAAAAGCUCAGUUGCAGAGCCAGAGAGCAGAGAUAACACAACUGCAGACUGAAAGGCAGGAGCUUCUCAGAAGAUCUGAGACCACGGCUGCAGUCCAAGUCACUGGAGAUGAUAGUACCUACACAGAAAAGAUUGCAGAUUUGGAGAGCAGGCUGUCUUCUCAGACUGCAGAGACACAGAAGCUCAAGGAAGAGGUAAAAACUCUUUUGGAAAGCAGGGAAUCAAUGGAGAGAGACCUUGCUUCAGCCACGAGCACAGCAGCUAUCUUGCAGGCAGAGAAGAGCAAGCUGCAGCAGGAUGUGCAGGAGUCCAAGAAGGAGCAGGACGAUCUUCUCAUGCUGCUUGCUGACCAGGACCAGAAGAUUCUGAGCCUCAACAAGAGACUUAAGGACUUGGGAGAGACGAUUGAAGAUGAGGACGAUCUGGACACAAAGGACCAGUUUGAUGAAGAUGAUGAUGACGACGAGGAGGAGGAGGAGGAGGAGGAGGAGGAAGAGUGUAAUGAAUAAAAAGUAUUGAUUAGUGGAAGUGACGGAAUUCUAAUAACAUUUAACCUCUCAUGUGUUUAGAGAAAGAGACUGAAGGACCGUAGAGCUGAUCUUCUGAUUAUCAGACCAUUCACACAUUUCUUUCCUUUCUCUAGAGCGACCUUUUAAUUUUUAGAAUUUAUUUCCUCAGUUUGCAAACAAUUCAAGGAUUACAUUUACCCACCUAAUUGAACUGGACACAUCUAAUUUCAAAGAAACAUAAAAUGGCAAUAUAAUUCAUCCCUUGGAUAAUAAACACAGGAGAAUCCUUUCUUUUCUAUCAGAUUUCCGAGUGCUUAUGUCCUAAACUCACCGAUGUUGGUGAUUCCAUCUGGAUAGCUCUUUGCACUAAAGAUGGAGAAGAGAAAAGAAAGAAAAUACUUGCUCUUGUUUUGCAUUACUUACUGCAGAACCACAGGGGACAUUCAAUCUGCUUUUCCAUACUGCUUGGCAACUGAUGUGAGUGUCUUUAUCAUGUAUGUAUUUUGUACAGAAAGACUUCUUUGCUCAGAUGCACAGUAAUGAACUCUGCUGAACAUCUCAGUCAACUUUUGUUCACCUCCACUUGUUUCGCAUUGGAUUGCCAGUCGGAUGUCAUUAAAUAGAGCAUUCCCUUUA